GUCCAGGUCCUUUUUGCUUGUCCAGACACCGUCUGCCUACUGCCCUUUGGUCAAGGGGAAAAAGCAGGAGGAAGUCUGCGGGUCACAGCGGUGCGCCUCGAGGAGAGGAGGCCUAGAGCAAACCGCCAGGAGAGGUCCAGAGGAUCCUCAACAUGGAAAAAUCAUGCAAAGAAAAUGAGGAACAGCCAGAGAGCGCGCCCAAGACGAAUGAGGAACGGCCUCCUGUGGAACACUCUCCCGUAAAGCAGUCUCCGGAAGAACCGUCUUCUGAGGAGCAGUCAUCAGAGGAGGAGUUCUUUCCUGAGGAGCUCCUUCCUGAGCUCCUUCCCGAGAUGCUCGUGUCCGAGGAGCGCCCUCCUCCGGAGCGCCUUUCUAGAAGGGACCUUUUUGAAGAGCGCCCUCCCAUGGAGCAGCCUCCUUGUGGAGUGGGAAAACAUAAGCUGGAAGAAGGAAGCUUCAAAGAGAGGCUGGCUCGCUCUCGCCCGCAAUUUAGAGGGGACAUACACGGCCGAAAUUUGAGCAACGAGGAGAUGAUAAAGGUGGCAGAGGAGAUGGAAGAAAUGAAAAGAGUACGAAACAAAUUAAUGGUCAUGCAUUGGAAGGCGAGACGGAACCGUCCUUAUCCUAUUUAAUGUGUUCAGCCUUUAAUUGUUUCCCCUGAUAGAAGGUUGCCACCUGAACUUUGUUUGUAUUUUCUCAUCUCAUGCACUUUCCCCAUCUCAAUUUUAACUUUUUGCGUGGCUUUAUUUUAGGUGUUUUGCUUGUAACUGGCAUAAAAUUGGGUUUUCCCCACCCACAAGCUGCAAGUCUCCCUCUCACCCAUUUGCAUGAAAAGGUGUACAUUAUAUAUUGUGAAGUGAAAACAAUUUUCAAAAAGUAUAUGUAGCAUCCCAUUUUUGUAAAAAAUGUAUAUUUGUAUAUUAUUAUGCAAAGAAAAAACUGAAAGUAUAUACUUAAAUGUCUUAACUGGCUAUCCAUGUGGUAAGAUAACAGGUGUUUUGGUUUUUCAUUUUGCUUAAUGGGAGCUUCUCAUUUUUCAAGACAAACAUAUUUUGCUUUUGUUGAAAAAAACAAUAUGGGGAAAAAUUUAAAAACUGUCAAUCAACUUAUAAAGACAAUGUGGCACUUAAUAAAUACUUGUGAGAAC